AAUAUCCGAAGUGUAUCCGAAGUGUACAGAGAACAAGCAGAGAGUAACAGACACUCAAACAGAGGUCCAAAGCCGAACCGACGAACCGAGACCAUAACAGUUAGAAGAGGAAGACAAAUCAGUUAUCUGGUAAAUCAAAGAUGUCGAUCCACAACGUCCUCCGAACCCUGAAAACUGUGAAAGUAAGAACCCAAGUACCCUUUCAAGAAUUCUUUGAAAUAAUAUCUGCAAUCCCAAGUCCCUCAGCUGCUCCUAAACCCUUGAAUCCCACCACCAUUUCCCUCCUCUCCAAGCUCAACCCCAACUCUCUGCACCUCAUCCUCUCAGAACCCACACUCAGCGCCUCGAAAUGCCUUGUCUUCUUCAACUUCCUCCUCAAAAACCAGUCCUUUAUCUCAUUCAAAGUUGACCUCCAAGCCCACUUGACUCUCAUUUGCAGGCUUAUCAGGGCAAGAAAGAUCACACAUGCCGAGCAAGUUUUCAAGUCCAUCUCGGUUGAUCAAAAUUCCAGGUACCCAUUUCGUGCCAUUGCUUCUUGUGUUGAAAUGUGUUGUCUUGAACCUGUGGUUGAAGCCAAGUUGUUCAAUUUGAUGCUUAAAGUUUACUCUGAUAUCAAAAAUUUCGAUGGAGGUUUGGAGGCUUUUGAUUACAUCAAGAGUAUUGGGAUUCGGAUAGAUGAGAGGACAUAUAAUUUUUUUGCGGUUGCUAUGAACAGAGCUGGUGAGGUGGAAAAGGGUAUAGAUUUCUUGUAUAGAUUGUUAUAUUCGGGCACUGGGGUCUCUGUGUAUUCUUUGACAGCUGUGGUGGAGGGGAUGUGUAGGAAUGGAGAGAUUAGAAGGAGUAGAGAGUUGGUGCAGGAAAUGGCUAGUAGAGGAAUUAAACCCAAUAUCAUCACAUUCAAUAUUAUGGUGGAAGCUUGUGCUAAGAGAUGGAACUUUUCGGAGUUGGAUUUGAUUUUGCCUUUGAUGGAAAAGGAAGGAGUUGCGUUUGAUGUCAAGACAUAUGAAUUCUUGAUCGAUGGCUUCACGAGCUCCGGGAAGGUAGAAGAAGCCGAAAGAUUGGUUGGGGAGAUGCAUGACAAGGGAUUGAAAGUAAAAACUCAUGUAUACAAUUUGAUAAUAAAUAGCUAUUGUAGAAAAGGUUUUCUGGAAAGUGCUCUUUCUUUGUUUUCCAAGAUGGCUGAGAGAAGUAUAUUCCAGAAUGCUGAUACAUACUGGUUUCUAAUAAAUGGUAUUUGCAAGGUUGGAGAGAUGGGGCUGGCAAUGCAAUAUGUUAAUGAGAUGCAGAACAAGGGAUUUGAAUUAGACAAUCUUGACUGCAACAUCUUGGCUGAUGAUUUUCGCAGCAAAGGGAUGACCAACGAGCUUUUUGAGUUACAGGCGUUGAUGGAGAAAAAAAGUUCUAAAGCUAAUGGGUUUAAACAGAAGAAAAAUGGAUAUGACUUGACGAGGAAGCAGCCAGCUGUACAUAAUAAUUAAAAGCAGUAAGGGAGAUUCACUUUGGUCAUAUAUGAAGAAAUAAGGAAUUUGGUAGAAUCCUAUGAUUGUAAAGCUGUUUUAUACUGAAAGUAAGGAAUUUGGUAGAAUCCUAUGAUUGUAAAGCUGUUUUAUACUGAAAGAAACGGGGGAGGGGCUAUCAUGGGAGAAUGAAGCUCGAUCAGAAUUGGGAUGGAGGAUCAGAAUUGCAUGCUGGAGCUGGAUCAUAAUCUUAGAUGUCAUCGCACAUUUAUGGUAGGGAAAGCAGAAUAUAUAGUAAACCAGUUUGAAAUAUGCUAAAUGGGUUUGUGCGGAUAGCAGUGCAUAUGCAAAAACCUCUCAAGGCUGUGGAAGGAAAGAAAGAUUAAAUAUACUAGUUGAGGUCAUCACUAUGUGACUUUACUCUGCCUGUGACAACUUCGAAGAAGAUUAAUUCUUAAGAGCAUCUCCUUCUGGUUAGUAUACUUUGCAUCUCCCUUUGGUAAUGGAUUGAGAAAUGAAUAUGAUUUAGAAAUAAAGGUAUCACUAUAAAAGUACAGCUGAGUGCAUAUGUCCCUUUCCUUCAGCAGUUUUAUGUGAUUACUAUGUUUUGAUGGCUGGGGAGCAAGUGAUUCACAUCCAAUUGAACAUUGAGCACAGAGGGAUAUAGAGAUGAUUGCUGGCUUGACAUUUUUCUAUUUAGAGAGUUGCGGUUGAUGAGCUGUGUUGGAGUAGAGAGAUUAGAAGGAGAUGACAGUUGGCAGAGGAGAUCAGAUAUCUUUACCUUCAAUAUAAUGGUGCACGCUUGUGCUAAGAGAUGGAACUUUUCAGAGUUGGAUCUUAUAUUGCUUUUGUUGGCAAAGGAAGGAGUGGCAUUUGAGGUCAAGACAUAUCAAGCUGUCUUAAAGAAAUUCGCUGUCACAGAAAGUUCUCAGACUGUUGCAAUAACAUUCAGAGAUUAUACAAAAUGACUAAUUCCAAAAGCCAACGCACUUUGUUAAGUAACGCAAAGAACUCUACCUUUGUCUCUACUUCUCUAGUUACCAACCUAAGUUGGUAUGAUAUGGGGGGAAGUCUAACAUAAAGGGUGCAAAGUCUCAAGGCACCAAGCAGCUUUGACUUAUGGAGUGCAGGAUGUGCUCAUCUCUCCAUAGAUUCAUUCAGCACAUUUAAUAUUUUUUAGCCAAAAUUUGUUAAUAAUUGAUUCAUAAUUAUUGUGCAACUAAAUCUGCUGUUGAUAGUUUUGCAUCUUUGCGUCAUGAUAUUGCAGCUACAUCAAUAGAUGACAGGAGUUUUUAUUUUUGUUUUAUUUUUAUUUUUGGGAUUAGGAGUUCUCAUUUGUGAUGACAAAUUAAUAAGCUCCUGAUACUCUGAUAGCUCCAGAAGGGGUUUCUAUUUUAGUUUUAUGCAUGAAAGCAAUUGAUGAAUUUUACUAUUUUA